AAGCAGGGUAGGCAAAUGCCGUAUUUCCGCUUUGGAUGAAUUGUGAUGAUUAACCCAUCAGCAUUUCAACUAGAUGGAGUGUAUGCAUGGGCUUAUACUGAAUGUGUUCCUGUGGACAUGAUUGGAAAGUACGCAUUUGUCAUACGUUUCAGGAAGGCAACUGUUGUGCGGAUUGAUUCGUUAAUUAUGAUCAUGGCUUUGGACUUGCGCUCGUUUAUUAUAAAAAGGAAAACCCUUACGGUUGGCAAUUUGCAGUCAAGCCAGGAGCCAACAAGGAGUCAACCCAAAGAUACAGGUUAGAAGGAAGAUUUUGGUUGGCUAAAAGAUUAGGGUCAUGCUGAUUCUACUCUCUCUCUCUCUCUCUCUCCCUCUCUCUCCCUCUCCAUAUGUGUCAUGCUGCAAUUGGUGACAUGUAGAAAGAUGGCGGAAACAUGAGAGACUAAUCCAAUGGCAAGGUGCCGUCUAUUCCGCCAACUACAAAAUCAAACAAGCCCCUAAAAUCGUGCACCCACGACACCUACGCGCAAGGAACACCAUAGACAAGAAAAAGACGCAGCCUUUCAUCUCCCUCUCAUAUCUCUUCAAUCAAAAUUUAGAUUUCAUUUUCCUCCUUUUCUAUUUUGUUGGUUGUGUUCUUUUGGAUUCAAUCUCUUAAGGUUGUCUCUUGGAGUUCUAUGAGGAAGUUGUGUCCAAAUUAUGAUAGGGAAGAUGCGCUUGACACCGUCUUGGAGGUACCUAUACCGGAAGAGAUGUUCACAAAAAUGGGCAACAAUUCAGCUUCCCGUUGGCAAAACAUGCGUGCAUUGAUGAAUGCUCAAGCUGCUGCUGAUAAAUCAACCCAUCUCCAAUCUAAAUCAAAUACUGAAUUCAUAGCAUUGCUUAAGCUUGUUGGCUCUCCUCUUAUCCCUUUUCAGGCCCACCCUGACCAGCCUCUCACUCGUCCUCUCAAAGAUUGUUCCAUUGGAGCUUCUACCGCAAAAUAUAUAGUACAACAAUAUAUAGCAGCAAUUGGAGGACCAUUGGCGCUGAAUUCAGUGAAGAGCAUGUAUGCAGUAGGGCAGGUUAAGAUGGCUGCAUCAGAAAUGCACCAAGGUGAUGACAGUGUGCACGCAGAAGGCAAGUCUGAGGUUGGUGGAUUUGUACUAUGGCAAAAAAACCCUGAUUUAUGGUACCUAGAACUAGUUGUUUCUGGUUACAAGGUUAGUGCAGGCAGUGAUGGCAAGGUUGCUUGGAACCAGUCCUCUUCUCAGGCCUCUCAUGCUAAUAGAGGUCCUCCAAGACCCUUGCGGCGGUUCUUCCAGGGAUUGGAUCCAAGGUGCACUGCCAACUUGUUCUUAGAAGCAGUAAGCAUUACAGAGAAGAAAGUGAGCAAUGAAGACUGCUUUGUACUCAAGCUCGAGACCGACUCGAACACCCUUAAAGCUCAAAGUUCUUCCAACACAGAAAUUGUACACCAUAUAAUAUGGGGCUACUUCAGCCAAAGAACAGGACUCCUUGUCAAAUUCGAGGAUACGAAGUUAGUGAAGAUGAAACCGAUUAAAGGAAAUGAUGAUGUGUUUUGGGAGACAAGUAUGGAGUCAGUGGUUGGAGAUUAUAGAUAUAUUGAAGGCAUCAAUGUAGCACAUAGUGGAAAGACUACAGCAACACUCCACAGAUAUGGAGCAUCACAUAAUCAUAAGAGGAAAAUAGAGGAAACAUGGAUGAUUGACGAAGUUGAUUUUAAUAUAUGUGGGUUGUCAAUGGAUUGUUUUUUACCUCCUGCUGAUCUAAAGAGAGAACAGGAGGGAGGAGAGCAGUGACCAAAUUACAUUCAUUUUUUUAUUUUUUUUUGGAAUAGGGGAACAGAAAUGUGAGUUAAAGAUCGCAGGUUGAAGGGAAAUUCCCUGUACAAGUAGGAAAGUGGAAAAUUUCUUAUAGAGGAGAAGAGUGCUGGAAACAAGAGAGAAAAGUCUUGUUCUUGUUUAGAAAAA